AUGAACGGCUUCGAGAAGAGCGGCUUCGAUGAGGACAACUUUGGCGCAAAGGGUAGCAUUGUGAGCGCAUUUGAUGCUUUCCCCAAGUCAAAACCUCAAUAUGUCACCCGAACCGAAGGCGGCGGCAAAUGGACCGUCGCCAUGGCUGUUGUAUCCGUCUUCCUUCUCUGGGCCGAAAUUGCACGUUGGUGGCGCGGAUCCGAAUCGCAUACAUUUGCCGUCGAGAAGGGAGUUUCACACUCUAUGCAAAUUAACCUCGAUACGGUUAUCCUCAUGAAGUGCGGCGAUUUGCACGUCAACGUCCAGGAUGCUGCUGGCGACCUUAUCCUGGCUGGUUCCAAAUUGAACAAAGACGAGACGAGUUGGUCGCAGUGGGUCAACCAAAAGGGCGUGCACAAGCUAGGCAGAGAUAGCGAGGGCCGCAUCAUUACAGGUGCUGGAUGGCAGAAUCUCGACGAGGAGGGCUUUGGCGAGGAGCACGUCCAUGAUAUCGUCGCCCUAGGAAAGAGAAGGGCCAAGUGGGCCAAGACACCUAAAGUCAGGGGCCCGCCUGAUAGCUGCCGAAUCUAUGGAAGCUUGGAAUUGAACAAGGUUCAGGGUGACUUUCACAUCACGGCUAGAGGCCACGGAUACCUUGGUCAAGGUGACCAUUUGGACCACUCGAAGUUCAACUUUUCACACAUCAUCUCCGAAUUGUCCUUUGGCCCGUACUACCCGUCUCUCGUCAACCCUCUCGACCGCACCAUCAACAUUGCCCCGAACCAUUUCCACAAGAUGCAGUACUACGUUUCCGUCGUGCCAACCCGAUACAGCGUCGGCUCCAGCUCCAUCUUUACCAACCAGUAUGCCGUCACCGAACAAAGUAUGGCCAUUUCCGAGUAUAGUGUCCCCGGUGUCUUCGUUAAGUACGACAUUGAACCGAUCCUGCUGUCUGUGAAUGAGAACCGCGACGGAUUUUUGACCUUUGUCAUGAAGCUCAUCAACGUGCUUUCGGGUGUGUUGGUUGCUGGACACUGGGGGUUCACGCUGAGCGAGUGGUUCCGAGAAGUGAUGGGCAAGAGACGGAGGAGCAGUGGUGGCGAGGGUGUUUUGGGAACCAAGCAUGGCUAUGAUGCGUAG